AUGGCGGCAGGAUUACUUCCCAAUGGCGCGUGGAUCAAGAAAUUACCCGGACCUUACACAGCUGAACAGGUCAUCCAAUGGUUGUCGCGCAUCGGGUAUGAUCAUAAUCAUACAGCAGAGGACAUCGCGAGUGGCGCGUUCCAAACUAGUUUGGACAACCUUGGGCAGUUGUCUCGACGCCAUCUCCAGACAUUCCCCUUCGAAAAUGUCGCGAUGCACUAUGAAGAGGAUCACUUCGUCGACGUUAGCCCUGGAGGAUUAUAUAAACGACUUGUUAUCGAUGGAAAGGGAUCAUAUUGCUUUGGGCUUAAUGGUCUGUUAUUAGGGAUGCUGCGUGGUCUAGGUUACAGAGCAUAUGGAGGUGCGGCUCGCGUCAAUAUGGCCAGAGAACCAUCGGAUCCCGUCGACUUCCAAGGACUGACCCAUAUGGUGGUGUUUGUUCAGCCUGGAGACGCCAACCAGACAUGGCUUGUAGACGUGGGUUUCGGUGGCUCUGGACUUGCAAGGCCUAUGCUUCUGUCCGAUGGAGAAGAUAAUGUCGUCCUGGGUGCUACCCCAAGCGAACGACAUCGCUUGGUGCGAAAGGUAUUGCCCAUGAGUAGUCUAGAAUUGCGGGACGGUUCACGAAGGGACCAUCCUCAAUUGGAGUACCAACUCCAUGUGUCUCAUACAGGAGGCGCGGAACCUUGGAGGGUGCUCUACACCUUUACGGACCGAGAGUUUUUCGAUUGCGACUACGAAGCGGCAUCAUUUGAUAUCUGCACUAGACCUUAUCUGGGUUUGUUCUGGGACAUGGUUUGGGCCGUCAAAUACUUCACCCUGGGUAGCGCGGAAGCUGAAGAGGUGGAAGCGCAAGUGGAGACCAGUAGUCACGCCCACAUCAAUUGGCCUGGGCAUCUUGGAAGAUUGAUAUUGUCGGGGAAGGAGGCUAAGAUGGUUAUCGGCACCCGAACUGAGGUUUUCGCAACUAUCGAGACGGACAGUGAUAGAAUUCGAGUACUAAGAGAGUCCUUUGGAGUCGGUGUGGUUGAAGAAGACGCGGUCCAUAUCAAAGGACGCAGGGCAGCUUUAGGUUAA